AUGAAGGUCCUCCUGCUCUUAGGGUUUGUGGCUGUCGCUCUGGCCGAAGUUACCAGAUUUGACGGAGAGAAGGUCUUCCGUCUCCGGCCACAGACUGAAGAGCAUGUGGCCAUCAUCAAAGAGAUAGCAGAAGGGAUGGAGGUGGACUUCUGGAAUCCCGAGUCCCCUGACCUGGUCGAUGUCGACUCUGACGUGGACAUCCAUGUGAACGCUGCCUACGCUGACAUCGUGGACAAUCUGCUGCAGCAGAGUGAAUUGCCCCACGAGGUGCUGGUUGAUGACCUGCAGGAUGCAGUGGAUGGUCAGAUGGACAGCCAGGAAAUCUCCCCCAGGUCCCACAACUACAUGAAGUAUAACACCUGGGAAAAGAUUGAGGCCUGGAUCUCCUCCAUGGCCUCUGCAAACCCCAGUCUGAUCAGCAAGCAGGUGAUCGGAACCACCUUUGAAGGACGCUCCAUGACUGUUCUGAAGAUUGGUAAGAAGUCCAGCUCCACCAAGCCUGCUAUCUUCCUCGACUGUGGCAUCCACGCCAGGGAGUGGAUCUCUCCCGCCUUCUGCCAGUGGUUUGUCAACGAGGCCGUGUCCACCUAUGGAAGCGACGCUGAGAUGACCACCCUCCUGGACCAAAUGGACGUUAUCGUGCUGCCCGUCUUUAACAUCGACGGCUACGUUUACACCUGGACCAAUAACAGGAUGUGGAGGAAGACUCGCUCCAGGAGGUCCGGCAGCUCCUGCAUUGGUGCUGAUCCCAACAGGAACUUCGAUGCCGGCUGGUGCACCACUGGAGCCUCCAGCAACCCAUGCAGCGACACCUACUGCGGCUCCAAGGCCGAGUCCGAGGUGGAGGUCAAGGCUGUGGCCGAUUACAUCCGCCAGAACCUCUCCAUCAUCAAGGCCUACCUGACCGUCCACUCCUACUCCCAGCUGCUGCUCUUCCCCUACUCCUACACCUACCAGCUGGCCGAACACCACAGCGAGCUGAUGAGCGUGGCCGAGGGAGCUGCCAAAGCCCUGCGUAGCCUGUACGGCACCCGCUACACCAGCGGCCCUGGGGCUGCCACUAUCUACCCUGCUGCCGGUGGCUCGGACGACUGGGCCUACGACCUGGGGGUGAAGUACUCCUACACCUUCGAGCUCCGCGACACCGGGCGCUACGGCUUCCUCCUGCCCGAGUCCCAGAUUAAGCCCACCUGUGAGGAGACCAUGCUGGCUGUCAAGUACAUUGCUGCCCAUGUACUGAAGAACCUCUACUAA